AGACUCCCUGUGCUAAACCUUCUUCUUUAACAGAGGAGAAUCCAGCGACUUCUCCAGCAAAGCAAGUUACAACUGAUGUGGUGAGACCAAAUCUAGCGGUAGUGAUGCGUCUGAAACAAAGGAAGUUCAGGUGGCUGUGGCAAGACCAGAGGAAGCAAAGCAUGCUCUUCAAACUUUUAAAGCCACAGCAGACAACAAAUGUUUCAAACUUUGGUUCCAAGCCACUUUACCGUGAGUUUUGGUUAGGUGUGUCUUCAACAAAGGAAGUUCCAGUGGCAAGACCCAUAAUUGUAGAGGAUGCAAAGUAUGUUGUAGACAAGACAGAGCUCGAGGCUAUUGCUUCUUCUAGUGAAAUCCGAGAAGCACUAAAGGAUGAAGCCCUACAGAAACUCAUCACCAAUAUCGAUCGCUCUUCCAACCCUCUCAAGGCACUCGACGAAGCAAUGGGAGAUGAAGCUUUCCGCAUUCUCAAAGACAAGAUUCUAUUAAACCUUUCCAAGAAGAAAUGACGAGAAGAAGCAAUGAGAGCAGCGUAGUCACAUCCAAACAGAAGUUCCAGAUCACUAUUCUCUUGAUUCAUUGUUUUGCGUUACUAAGUUUCAGUCGCAGGAGUGAAAUGUUCAUUUGACUUUGUAUAUAUAAAUAACCCCACCAGAGGAUUACAGAUUACAGAAACUAAAUCUUACAUGUGUUGUGAGUUUGUUGGAGAACA